AAUUUUCUUGUUUUGACCUUCUCCUCCGACUAUUCACGAGAUCCAAAAAAGUAGUACGAAAAAUUGUACAAGGAGGAGACAGAGCGACAGAGUUAAAAAGAGAAAUAAAAAAUGCACCUGUUCAAUGCGGCGGCAGUUGUUCGAAUGGCAACGAGGUGUCAUUCGAACCCUGGCCUGGGGGCAGAAAUAGCAUUUGGGACGGUGUCAUGGUUCCUCUACGCUGGUAUCUCUUGUUUUUUAGUACUCUUCGCCGGCAUUAUGUCCGGUUUGACAUUGGGCCUCAUGUCUUUGGGUCUCGUCGAACUUGAGAUCCUUCAACGAAGUGGCACCCCCUCUGAGAAAAAACAAGCUGCUACGAUACUUCCUGUUGUUCAGAAGCAACAUCAGCUUCUUGUGACUCUACUUCUGUGUAAUGCUGCUGCUAUGGAGGCCCUGCCUCUAUACCUGGAUAAGCUUUUCAACCAAUAUGUUGCCAUUAUACUAUCAGUAACUUUUGUUUUGUUUUUUGGAGAGGUUAUUCCUCAAGCAAUAUGCACCAGAUAUGGACUUGCAGUAGGUUCAAAUUUUGUUUGGCUUGUUCGUAUUCUGAUGAUCAUAUGCUACCCAAUUUCUUACCCCAUCGGGAAGAUCCUAGACUGUGUAUUGGGACAUAAUGAAGUACUAUUUAGACGAGCUCAGUUAAAAGCCCUUGUCUCUAUCCACAGUCGAGAGGCUGGCAAGGGAGGUGAUCUUACACAUGAUGAGACAACAAUCAUUAGUGGAGCACUGGAUUUAACUGAGAAGACUGCUGAGGAGGCUAUGACACCCAUCGAGUCAACAUUUUCAUUGGAUGUCAAUUCAAAGCUGGACUGGGAGGCAAUGGGAAAAAUUCUUGCUCGGGGUCAUAGUCGUGUUCCUGUCUACUCUGGCAAUCCAAAGAAUGUUAUUGGACUUCUACUUGUAAAAAGUCUUCUGACAGUACGGGCCGAAACAGAGACACCAGUUAGUGCAGUUUCUAUUCGCAGAAUUCCACGUGUUCCUGCUGAUAUGCCGCUAUAUGACAUACUAAAUGAGUUUCAGAAAGGUAGCAGUCAUAUGGCUGCAGUGGUGAAGGCUAAAGGGAAAAGCAAAAAGCCUCCCUCAGUAGUUGAGGAACAGAAGUCUGAAGACAAUGAAGUCACCAGUGAAGCUGCUCCUCUUCUGAUGAAAAAGGAUGGAAAAUCAGAUAAUGUCGUCGUUGAUAUUGAGAAGGCUACAGUGCCAGCAGCGAUAAGCACACCAACAUCUGGUGAUGCAGUGACAAAUAGUGUGGCUCAUUCAUUAGAUGAUAUUGAGGAUGCUGAAGUUAUUGGUAUUAUCACCUUGGAAGAUGUAUUCGAAGAAUUGCUACAGGAGGAAAUUGUGGAUGAGACCGAUGAGUAUGUUGAUGUACAUAAAAGGAUUCGUGUGGCAGCAGCAGCAGCUGCUUCAUCAGUAGCACGAGCUCCAUCAAUCCGGAGGUUGACAGCCCAAAAGGCAGCUGGAGGCCAAAGUAAACAAGGACAACCACCUAAGAAGUCCAGUGAGGACAUUUCUAGCUCUAGAAGGAUACAAGAGAAUCUUGAAGAGCCUCUUCUUGAGAACAAGGCUAUGAGAUCAUAUGAGCCUUCUAAGAGGCUCUAAAAUUUUGCAAUCUGAUUUAUAAUUUUGUGAGAAUAUAUUUCUUUUAUGCGAAAACUUCCUUAUUGUCCAUAAAUUUCUCAGGUUUAUUAAUGGGAUAAAUUCACAAAUA